AUGGCUUCAAAGGCUUUAGCAUCAACCACUCUCCUCCUCUCCCUUAACCUCCUAUUCUUCACAUUUGUCAGCUCCAACUAUGUCCCAUGCCCACCACCACCGACCCACAAACCCCACUCUCCACCACCAACUCCCAAGGGCAAGUGCCCUAUAGAUACCCUAAAAUUGGGUGUUUGUGCAGAUGUUUUGGGGUUGGUUAAGGUUGUCAUUGGAUCUCCACCAGUGAUGCCUUGCUGCACUCUCAUCCAGGGUAUUGCUGACCUUGAAGCUGCUCUUUGUCUUUGCACUGCAAUUAAGGCUAAUGUUUUGGGCAUCAACCUCAAUGUUCCUGUUUCAUUGAGCUUGAUCCUCAAUAACUGUGGCAAGAAGGUUCCAACUGACUUCCAGUGUGCAUAG